AUCUGGUGAUCUGCUUAUCGUUAAUGUGUAGGCACUCAUUCAAUUUUUUCUUCCGGUACCAAAGUAACAACUUACUAAGAUGAGAAGAUCGGCUGCUCCGAGCCAACUUAGCGGCAAUGUGGCUAAAAGAAUCAAAUUCAUCCCGCCCAGCAAAACCACUAAUCUUGCGCCUGUGUCAGGGGACACCAGACUCUUGAACAGGAACGAGCUACAUCAUGACAGUGGUGAUCCCCUAUUGCAGUCCAAAGCAUUGGUUACACAAUGUGAAAGGCUUCAGAGCUGCCCUUCUCCCCAAACCUCAGGAAAUGUGGUUGAACAUUGUCAUUUGGAAAUGUCGAAACCUGAUCACCUGACCAUCUCGCCUGGUUUUUCUGUCAAGUUUCAAGGUACAAAUCAUGUCGAGGAUGUUUCCGCCCAGAAACAGUUAAAGCCAAAACAACCAUUUGGAACGAGAAAACAAAUCGAGAGACCAACGCCACUGAUGUCAUGUCAGCCAUCAAGUGUGGCAAAGGACACAGGAGAGAAUGCCCCUGACACGUUUGUUGCAUACUACAGCGUCCUGUGGUGUAAGGCGUCAAAGAAGAAACACAAGAAGUGGGAGGGAGAUGCAGUUUUGAUUGUUCGGAAGACGUCUGUGCUUCUGAAGGACAUAGAAGGCAAAGACAUUGGAAGAGGAACAGGAUAUAAAUUAAAAGAACUUGCAUCCCUUUCUGAAGGCCAGACGUUAAUGAUUGGUGGGAAGGAGAUAGAGAUUAUGGGAACGAUUUCAACAGAGGACUUUAUGAGUGGUCGCUGCUUCCACAAUACAGCUGCUGCUUCUUCAGACUUGUCACGGCCACCCACCUUGCAACAGCCUUUGCUUAAACAGUUUACUUGCCCACUGAGGAAUGCUGCUGGACUGAGCCAAACAGAAGGCCUUAAAAAACCCUUAAUGGACUGUAAGCCUAGGCAUGAUCCAAGUGCACCAAAUGCUUUAGUAAUGCCACGGCCAAAUCUGAGUCACCAGUGGAUCUUCAAUAAAGCUGGCCUGCCAGUGGUGGAUGUGGUGGUGGAUCCCUACCUCACUGUACACUUCCGACCUCACCAGAGGGACGGUGUUGUUUUUCUCUAUGAGUGUGUCAUGGGAAUGAGGACAUCUGGCAGGUUCGGUGCUAUUCUGGCUGAUGAAAUGGGUUUGGGGAAAACCCUGCAGUGUAUUGCCCUGAUUUGGACCCUGAUGCGCCAAGGACUUUAUGGGAACAAGCCUAUCAUCAAGAAGACUCUUAUAGUCACACCAGGGAGUCUUGUGAAGAACUGGGUCAGCGAGUUCCACAAAUGGCUUGGACUGGAGAGGUUAAAGGUUUUUGCAGUGGAUCAGGAUCAUAAAGUAGAAGACUUCAUCGCUUCGCCGCUGUACUCAGUUCUUGUCAUCAGUUAUGAGAUGUUGCUGCGGUGCCUAGAACAAAUUCAGAGCAUUCAAUUCAACCUAUUAAUCUGUGACGAAGGGCACCGUUUAAAAAAUAGUUCGAUUAAGACAUCCACGGCAAUUCUUAGCCUCUCCUGUGAGAAGAGAGUGAUUCUCACUGGUACUCCAAUACAAAAUGAUCUUCAGGAGUUCUACUCUCUAGUAGAAUUUGUGAAUCCAGGUGUCCUUGGAUCUUCAUCCACUUACAAAAAGAUUUAUGAGGAGCCUAUCGUCCGGUCACAGCAACCCUCUGCAACCAAGGAUGAAAAGCAGUUGGGUGAAGAAAGGGCAGCGGAGCUAUGCCGAUUAACGGGGCUCUUCAUACUUCGGCGCACACAGGACAUCAUUAACAAUUACCUCCCUCCAAAGACUGAAUGGAUUAUCUUCUGCCGCCCCACUGCGCUGCAGCUCGAACUCUAUCACAAGAUACUGUCGUCUCACACAGUGAAAUCUUUCCUACAGGGAACGCUGGAUAGCAGUCUCCACUUAAUAUGCAUAGGGUUACUGAAGAAACUCUGCAAUCACCCUACGCUUCUCUAUAAUACAAUAAAGGGAAAUGAAAAUUGCUCCAUAAAUCCCAAUUUUGAUCCACCGUUGGACAUGAACCCUUACAAAGAUCUGACCAGCAUAUUUUCGAUGAACCGUGAACCAGACGUAUUCACUGCCACGGAUUCAGGGAAACUAAAAGUACUGAGAGAUCUUUUAGCAGGCAUUCGUGCACAGAGUUCAGCUGAAAGAGUUGUGCUUGUUUCAAACUACACUCAGACGCUGGACCUCUUGCAAGAAAUGUGCAAGUCCUCUGGAUACAGCUACACCCGACUGGAUGGACAAACCCCCGUCAGCCAUCGACAGCACAUUGUGGAAUCGUUCAACAGCAAGCACAGCCAGCACUUUGUCUUCUUACUCAGUUCAAAGGCAGGCGGAGUUGGAUUAAAUCUGAUCGGAGCAUCUCGAUUGGUUCUGUAUGAUAUCGACUGGAAUCCAGCAAAUGAUGUUCAGGCAAUGGCCAGAGUCUGGAGAGAUGGUCAAAGGAGGCCUGUGCACAUUUACCGACUGCUAACUACAGGAACGAUAGAAGAGAAAAUUUAUCAGCGACAGAUUAGUAAACAAAGUUUAUCUGGGGCAGUGGUUGACCUGAAAAAGAAGAGAGACCAUGCCAGCUUUUCCCUGGAAGAACUUAGAAAUCUUUUUGAAUUGGAUGAAGACUCUGAUUGUCUGACUCAUGACCUCCUCUCUUGUACCUGCCUGAGAAAUGGGGAACUGUCAGUAGCAAACACGGCAGAGAAGUACCAGACUCCUCGUUCUUGUCAACUGAGCCGGAGCUCAGGAAUGGUUGAUUCCCAAGAGAACCCUUCCAUGUCCGAACUAAUGUACUGGAAACACUACUCUGGAAAAGUCCAACACAUUCCAGAUCCUUAUCUUGAAAGCGCAAAAGAAAAUAUAACCUUCCUGUUUCGAAACACGACAAAACCACAGACUGUGUUCAGCUGAGGAGCCGAUGGAAACAAGUACUCAUGCCUGCACUAGAAUUUCAUUUCAAAUUCUACUGACUUUGUUUAGAAGCUUGGUGAUAGAUCCUGUAUGAAUAUUUUUUUGGAUUAUCCCUGGCCUAUCUGUUGUUCUCAGGUUUGGUGUUGUUGA